GCUGCCGCUCCGGCGCCAGACACCCACGAGAGAAGAGCGAAUGUCAGAUUGGGAUAGAAACACCAUCGGCAUGAAUCACGUAUAGCAUCCCCCAUGCACCUCGGGAGUACAGUUCCCCUGCUGAAAUCGUUGUCUCCUCUCGUAGUAUAUGUUUUGUUUUGUUUCUUUUUUGCAUGAAUGAAGGGAAGAAUAUGGAAGUGACUACAUCAAAAAGCUUUCUAUUGCUCGCUCAGCUCGUGGUCAUCUGCCAGAUAGCUGAAGUGGUGCACGGAUACUUCAGAACCCAGCGCAAAUUCACAGAGGACAUUGACUGGUCCUACGCUGGAACACUUAACCAAAAGAACUGGGCCAAGAAGUACCCAUCAUGCAAUAAUGCCAAACAGUCCCCCAUAAACAUCGAGGAGGACCUCACCCAGGUGAGGCUUCAGUUUCAGCAGCUGAAGUUCGAGGGCUGGGACCAGCUGACCUCAGACACCACCGCCAUCAAAAACGACGGGAACACAGUUGCAGUAGACCUGAACGGAGAGUUCUUCCUGAGUGGAGGGGGGCUGAGGUCCAGGUUUAGGGUGGGCAGGAUCCAGUUCCACUGGGGCACGUGUAACGCCUCAUCUGAUGGCUCAGAACAUAGCCUCAAUGGCAUCAAGUUUCCACUCGAGAUGCAUAUUUUCUGUUAUGAAGGGCACAAGUUCAAAUUCAUUGAUGAUGCAUUCAAAGAUGGAGGAAAGAUCACAGCUCUGUCUGUCUUGUUUGAGGCCAGUCAUGAGGACAACGACAACUACGUGCCGAUUAUCAACGCCAUCAACUCUGUGAGCCGAUUUGACAAAAGCGACGUGGUAGAACCGUUCAGCCUGCGGAGCCUCCUGCCAAAUUCGACAGAGAAAUACUACACUUACAACGGCUCCCUGACCACGCCGCCAUGCUCAGACACUGUGGAGUGGGUGGUGUUUAAGAACACUGUGUCCAUCUCUGACAUACAGCUGGAGGUGUUCUGUGAGGUCAUGACCCAGCAUCAGGUUGGCUACGUUAUGCUGCUGGACUACCUGCAGAAUAACUUCAGGGAGCAGCAGGACCAGUUCAUGGGCCAGGUCUUCUCCUCUUACACUGGGACAGAGGAGGUUCCCAGUCCCAUUUGUAGCACAGAGCCAGAGAACGUGCAGGCAGAGCCUCACCCUGAGAACUACACCAGCCUGCUGGUGACCUGGGAACGGCCACGGGCGGUCUACGACACCAACAUCGAGAAGUACUCCGUUACCUACUGGCGGCUGGAGGGGGAGGACCCACCCAAGAGCGAAUACCUGACAGACGGAGACCAGGAUGUGGGUGCCAUAAUCCCGGACCUGGCGGGCAACACCAGCUACAGGGUGCAGGUGGUGGCGGUCUGCACUGGCGGUCUACAGGGCCGUGUGAGUGAUCAGCUGGUGGUGGAUAUGCCCCUGGACGACCCUGAAACAGAUCCUGAUCCGAUCUAUUUAGAUCCUGAUGAAAUUGAAGAGGAGUUUAAGGAGGAGAACCAGCCUAAUUUGUCUCAGGGCAGACCGGGCCUGAAGCAGGCCGGCACAUCGGCCCGAACCAUCACCAGCGACUCCCCCUCCAUUCGCAUCGCCGUGGAGACAGAAGGGCCGGGCUUCCUGUUUCCGGGCAGGAGGAGUACAACCACCCCGGCGGUGCGGAGGGUGACGGAGGAGAGCUCGCUGUCCUGGACGCGGGAGCAGACGGAGGGGCCUGUGGAGAGCCCCAGCACUAAGCAGACCUCCCUCCUCAGUCCUGCAGCGCAGCCCAAUGGCAGCGUCGUCACUGAUGUCUACUACGACGACGUCAUCAACAGCACAGCCUACGAGAACGCCACGGCCCCUACAGCCCCGCCUCUCGUCGGUCCGAACGAGGCCCCCAGCCCUUCGUGGGGCCCGUCUGGGGACGGCGUGACGUCGACCUCCGAGACCGACUCCGGCAGUGGCUUUGAAGAUACAGAGGACACCCCCGUUGCUGGUAGCCCCACCCCUUCCCUCGUGGAGGUACCGCCGCGGCCCACAAGCCCUGGCAGUCAGGUCCUCUCCAUCUCCACAUCCGCCUUCGGUAUCGUUCUCCCCCAGACCACCCAACCGGUGUCCAACGCUACAGCUGCCAGCACUUCCAGCCCCGUGCCCUUCUUCAGUUGGGCCACGCCCCUGAAUCCCCCGGCCCUGUCCCCCACGGCGUCCCCCACGGCCCUGUCCUCGGACCCCCCCCUCUAUCUGGACAGCCAGGUAGACAGUAGCGCCUCAGGGUCCACCCUGUAUGUGGAGUCGCCAGGGAGCGGAGAGUUAGAUCAGGAGUGGGAGCGGGGCCAGACGGCAUCCCCCGAGGCAGGAAGCAUGUCCUCGUUCGCCCUCGCGGCCUCGCCCACUGUGCCAGUCCCUGUCGCCAAGGCGACAGCGAGCACUGUGGACGAUGGCAGCGGAGGCGACCGGCCGUCCUCUUUCUACUUCGAGAGCGAAAAUGGGACUGACGUGGUGGUCAUGGAGACCAAGGGGCUGGGGACGCUUGCCGGAGGGGAGGAAGAGAGCGGUUCCGGGAGUCUCUACGACAACGAGACGUCCUCGGACUUCAGUAUACCCGAGUACGCGGAGACGGAAUCUGAGGAAGCAGCGGAAGCAGAGGCCAGUAACAGCAGUCACGAGUCUCGCAUCGGCCUGGUCAGACGAGACGAGAGGGAGAGCAAGGUCUUCCUUCCCCUGGCGGUGGUCUCGGCUCUUACCUUUCUCUGUCUGCUGGUACUGGUGGGGAUUCUGGUCUACUGGAGAAAGUGCUUCCAGACAGCCCACUUUUACAUAGAAGACAACACCUCGCCCAGAGUCAUCUCUGCCCCAGCCACACCUAUGCUGUUAUCUGCAGAUGACCACAAAGCCUUUCCUGUGAAAGAGUUUGUCAGGCAUGUGGCGGAGCUUCAUGACACAAGCUCAUUCUCGCAGGAAUUUGAGAUAUUGAAAGAGUGUUACCAGGAGGUCCAGGCCUGCACGGUGGAUCUGGGGCUGACCUCAGACAGCUCCAACCAUCCUGACAACAAAAGCAAGAACAGAUACAUCAACAUCCUGGCAUAUGACCACAGUCGAGUUCGACUCUCAGCUAACUCCGACAGAGAUGUGAAGGGUGGAGACUACAUUAACGCAAACUACGUGGAUGGCUUCAGCAGACCCAGGGCCUACAUCGCAGCCCAGGGCCCACUGAAGUCCAGCACGGAGGACUUCUGGAGAAUGGUCUGGGAGCAGAACGUGGGGGUCAUCAUCAUGAUCACCAACUUGGUGGAGAAGGGGAGGAGGAAGUGUGACCAGUACUGGCCACUGGAAACUCAGGAGGAGUACGGCUGCUUCCUGGUGACACUGAAGAGCACCAGAACCCAGGCCUUCUACACACAGAGGACGUUCACACUGAGGAAUACCCGUGUCAAGAAGGGCUCUCAGAAGGGCCGGGGGCACGAGCGGACUGUGAUCCAGUACCACUACACGCAGUGGCCUGACAUGGGCGUCCCAGAGUACGCCCUGCCUGUGCUCACGUUUGUGCGCAAGUCUUCCCUGGCCAGGGCGGGCGACAUGGGGCCUGUGGUCGUCCACUGCAGUGCUGGAGUGGGUAGGACUGGAACCUACAUUGUUCUGGACAGCAUGUUACAGCAGAUUAAGGAACAGGGAACGGUCAACAUCAUCGGCUUCCUUAAACACAUCCGCACGCAGAGGAACUACCUUGUGCAGACCGAGGAACAGUACGUCUUCACCCACGACACCCUGGUGGAGGCCAUCUUGAGCAAGGAGACAGAGGUUCCAUCCAGCUGUAUCCACGCCUACGUCAACGACCUGCUGACCCCAGGGCCUUCCGGAACGACGCGCUUGGAGAAGCAGUUCAAGUUAAUAACGCAGUCCAGUGCCAAGCAGCAUGACUAUUCUGCAGCCCUCAAACAGUGCAACAGAGAAAAGAACCGGAACUGCUCUCUCAUUCCUGUGGAGAGGUCCAGAGUCUGUCUGUCAACUCUGGCAGGAGAGACUUCCGACUACAUAAAUGCCUCCUACAUCAUGGGGUACCACCACAGCAGUGAGUUUAUUGUGACCCAGACACCGCUUCCUAGCACCACAAAGGAUUUCUGGAGGAUGAUCUGGGACCACAACGCCCAGGUCAUCAUCACGCUGCCUAGUACACAGGGUCAGACAGGGGAGGAGGAGUGUGUCUGGCCCUGCAGUGACCGGCCAAUUAGCUACGAGACAUUCACGGUCACCUUCGCCCGAGAGGACCACAUAUGCCUGCCCAACGAGGAGAUGCUGGUAGUGCAGGACUUUGUUCUGGAGGCCACGCAGGAUGACUAUGUCCUGGAAGUGAGGCAGUACCGGGCCCCACACUGGCCCAGCCCAGACAGCCCCAUCAGCCACACCUUCGAGCUGAUCAGAACCAUCAGAGAGGACUGCGGCUCCCGGGACGGGCCUGUCGUCGUACAGGACAAAUUUGGCGGCGUCACUGCUGGAACAUUCUGUGCCCUUACAACCCUGGUGCACCAGCUUGAGGAGGAGAACUCCAUCGAUGUGUAUCAGGUGGCCAAGAUGAUCAACCUAAUGAGGCCAGGAGUCUUCACUGACAUUGAACAGUACCAGUUCCUCUACAAGGCAAUUCUGAGUUUGGUGAGCACCAGGGAGGAUGAGAGAAUGCUUCAGUCUACUGACAACAACGGGACCAUUCUGGGGAGUUCCAGCAACGCUGCGGAGAGCCUGGAGUCGCUGGUUUAACCACGGAGAUGCCUGCUCAGACCAGCGCAUCCUCUAAGCCAGGGCAGUGUGCAUCCAUACCGCUGUUUCAUGAAAGAAUGCGCUUUCUCUCAAUCCCUCUCUUUUCCGUCUCUAAAUGAUAUGACUACUACUGCUGGACAUGUUAUGGUCUUGUAAUGUGUGCCUUUACAUGAUUCAUAUUGUUCUUUUUAACUGCUUUCAUACAAGUUUAAUGUAGACUAAUUUUAAAUGUUUUGUGUGGGUUUUUUUUUCCUGAAAAAAACCAGAAGGUGGCUGUAGUCUUGCCUGGUGUUAGGGGGCCCUUUGUGUAAUUUUUCCUAACAGCGUCCCCUAAAUUGUAAUUUCAUGGCAACCAGCUACAGAACAAAAAGGAAGGAAAAGCAGAAAACUUUGCAACGAUCUGCUUUAUUAGUAUGAUUGUAGACACCGUGAAUUUGAGCAAAGCUUCUUUUCCCAUGAUGACACUGUAAAUACAACUCUUCUUAGUGAAGUCAUGCCUGUGAGGUCAGAGUGGAAUACAGUAGGUACAUUAAAUAAUAUUCUAAUAUGUAAAUAGUAUUAUAGUGACCAAGUCAAUGGACCAAAAUUCUAUUUAUACUUCUAGAUUUUUAUAUUUUACUACAGAGUUGGUUUUCUAGUCAAUUUGAGGCACGACCCUGUUCUAAUUUAGUUAAACGUUUAAUGUUUUUAAUAUUUCUGAUAUUGCAGCAUUUCUGUAUUUUGUAAUAUGAACUUAAUAUGAAGCAUGGAAUUUUGAUCAUUCUUUAGUUGUUCACGAGAGCCAUUUCUGCAGAUGUAGAGUUAGGAACACAGAAGGCAGGAGGAAGGUGUACGAAGUUGGAAAGUCCCUCAGUGAUUCUUCCUUUGGUUGGUUGUAUUGAAACAAGGUGAAACUGUAAUAAAGAUGAGAAUUUCAAGCUA